ACAGCCGCUCCCCUAUUGGCUUCCGCCGCGCCUCGCGCCGCUGAUUGGCUGAGACGCGGCAGCACGGCGCUGCGAUUGGCCCAUGGCGCUGUCAAUCCCGGCGGAGCCCCCGGAGCGCCCGCCCCCGCGGUUAUCAGGUUAGUGCGCGCCGCGGUGCUGCGCUCGGGCUUCCGAGCGGCGCUGGGCGAGCCCGAGUCCCUCCGCGCCCCGCGAUCGGGGGGCUCUGCACGGGGUCACUGCGCCAGCCGAGCCGCGCACCCUCCGCGCCUGCCGCCAGCCACGGACAUGGACAUGAAGAAAAGGAUCCACUUAGAGCUGCGGAACAGGACGCCCUCAGAUGUGAAAGAGCUCGUUCUGGACAACUGCAGGUCGUACGAAGGGAAAAUCGAGGGCCUCACGGAUGAGUUUGAGGAGCUGGAAUUCCUCAGCACAAUCAACGUCGGCUUAACCUCAGUCGCAAACUUACCAAAGUUAAACAAACUCAAGAAGCUCGAGCUGAGCGACAACAGAAUCUCAGGAGGGCUGGAAGUGUUGGCAGAGAAGUGUCCGAACCUCACGCACCUAAACCUAAGCGGCAACAAAAUUAAAGAUCUCGGGACAAUAGAACCUCUGAAAAAGUUGGAAAACCUGAAGAGCUUAGACCUGUUCAACUGUGAGGUGACCAACUUGAACGAUUACAGAGAAAACGUCUUCAAGCUGCUGCCACAGCUGACGUACCUGGACGGAUACGACCGGGAUGACAAGGAAGCGCCGGAUUCCGACGCCGAGGGAUACGUGGAGGGGCUGGAUGACGAGGAGGAGGAUGAGGAAGAGGAGGAAUACGACGACGACGCUCAGGUAGUGGAGGAUGAAGAGGAUGAGGAGGAGGAGGAGGAAGGGGAGGAGGAGGAUGUGAGCGGAGAGGAGGAGGUGAGCCUUGGAAUUCUGCCUCGGGAAUCUCCGGGAUCCGGCUGGGAAGGGCUGGGCAGGGAAUCCGGGAUUUGA